GUUCAGUAAUUGUUUCUUACUCGUGUCAGUAGUUCAUAUCGUGUAAAAAAUGCAAGUGGAAAUAACUCCCGAAAAAUAUCCAACAGAAAAGAAAUUCAUUUGUCCAAAUCAGGUCGCUAAUAAUUUGGACAAAUCUAUAAACAGUAUUAUAGAAAAAACUGGAUUCGUUACAUAUGAUGUUGAAAAAAUACCUCUAAGUACAAACGGUGGCAAUUAUCUGGGAUUACUACAUGAAAUAAAUAUAAAAGGAGAAACAAAAGAAGGCUUUAAAGAACUGAAUAUUUUCGUGAAGUGCAUUAUCCCUGGUGAGAGCGAUUUUCAAAUUCUUUCAGUGACCGAUGUUUAUCAAAUCGAAGUGUUUGCCUAUAAAGAGUUCUUGAAGAUUAUCGAUGAACUGCAAGAAGAGGCUCAAAUACCCAAAGAAAAAAGGUACAAAAUGGUCAAAUGUUACGAUGAAAGUAAUUCCGAAUUUGUGAUCAUGGAAAAUAUAGCAAAGAAAGGCUUCACAACUGGCCACAGAUGCGAUGUAGUGUCACUAAAGUUUGCCGAAUUAGCGAUGCAAGAACUUGCCAAAUUCCAUGCAUUUUCCUUCGUGCUACAAGAAAAACGUCCGGAUUUUUUCGAACAGAAGAUUAAGCCUUUGAAAACGCCUUACACGUUUUGUGAACAGUUUAACCAGUUUACUCGGAGUACGGUUAAAAUGACGAUGGAAAAUAUUGAUGACGAAGACGCUAAGGCAAGAGUUGGCAAGUUUUGUGAAGGCAUUGUGGAAAGGUAUGAGAAGCAUUUUACCGAUGAAACUAUAAGGCGCUGCUUAUGCCAUGGUGAUUAUAGGCCUAAUAAUAUACUGAUGAAAAAGACCGAUGGAGAAGUAUCAGAUAUAAUACCGGUGGACUAUCAACUGAUGCACUUCGGCUGUCCAGUGCUAGACAUCUUCUAUUUCAUCAACAUAAGCACAGACCAAGCAUUCCGACGAGCUCACUUGACACAUCUCAAAGAUUUGUACCACGCAACAAUGACCAAUUUCUUAAAGUACUUCGACAUUGAUGUCAAUUUGUACUAUUCUAAGGAUCAGUUUGAGAAAGACUGUAAGGAUAAGUUAGAGUAUGGGCUAUCAUUGUCGAUUAUGUAUCUUCCUUUCAUGAUGGUUGCUGAAGAUGAUAUACCUGAUGUUACGAAAACUGAUAUGAGUGAAAUUAGUUUUAAGCUUCAUGAUUCGUACAAAGAUAGAAUUAGAGAAAUUGUUGAGGAUUAUAUUGAGUGGGGUAUUCUUUAAGUAAUCAUUGCCUCUUUUAAAUCAAAUAAUGUACAUUUUUAUAGCAGUAGGCUUACAUAAAUAUUUGUUUAAUUUUCAGAAUAUUUUUGCUAUCAUUAGCUU